UGCCUCCUCUUUAGGGCCCCUUCUGUUGAUAGCGGUAAUAUCAAGGUUCUCUGUGUGGGAUCCUUACAGGAAAAAAAUUGUGUUUUCGAGUCCACUCAAUCCUCAAUAUCAGUGAAUGGUGAAGACUGGACAAGAGGCUCCCCUGAAAAUCUCCUUGGAUCUCCCUAUUAUGAAGUAGAGGAUGAUCAAUCACACUCUGGCAAAAUAAGAACUGGACAUAGAGUGGGUGAAAACUUUGAAAGUUCUGAAUGUGGGAAACCUUUUGAAAAGAAACCUGAUCUUUCUAUAUAUAAGACAGUUCAAGUAGAUGAAAGGCCAUUGAUAUGUCCUGCAUGUGGGAAAUGUUUUAGUGAAAAAACAAGUCUUGUGGAACAUCAGAAAACACACAUAAGAAAGAAAUCACAUUCAUGUUCAGAAUGUGGUAAAUGUUUUAGUCAGAAAUCGUAUCUUACAAGGCAUGAAAGAGUUCACACAGGAGAACGGCCAUAUUCAUGUACAGUAUGUGGGAAAUCUUUUAAGCAUAAAUCACAUCUUAGUGAACAUCAAAUAACUCACACAGGAGAAAAGCCAUAUUCAUGUUUGGAGUGUGGAAAAGGUUUUACUAUGAGGACAGAGCUUUGUAAACAUAAGAGAAUACACACAGGGGAAAAGCCAUAUUCAUGUUCAGAAUGUAGGAAAUGUUUUAGAUUGAAAUCUAGUCUUGUCAAACAUCAAAGAGUUCACACAGGGGAGAAGCCCUUUCCAUGUUCAGAAUGUGGCAAAUGUUUCACGAAUAGAUCAUAUGUUGUUGAACAUAUGAAUAUUCACACAGGGGAAAAGCCAUUUUCAUGUUCAGAAUGUGAAAAAUGUUUUACCACACGAACACAUCUUGUUAAACAUCAGAGAAAUCACACAGGAGAGAAGCCAUAUUUAUGUUUAGAAUGUGGGAAAUAUUUUAAUGAUAAAUCAGGUCUUGUUAAACAUCAGAGAACUCACACAGGAGUGAAGCCAUUUUCUUGUUCAGAAUGUGGGAAAUGUUUCACUGAUAAAUCUUAUGCUAUUAAACAUAUGAACAUUCAUAUAGGGAAAAAGCUGUAUUCCUGUUUGGAAUGUGGAAAAUGUUUUACACAGAAUUCAAGUCUUGUUAAUCAUCAAAGAAUUCACACAGGAGAAAAGCAAUAUUCUUGCUCAGAAUGUGAGAGAUGUUUUACCCAAAAGACAAAUCUUGUUUGCCAUCUGAAAACUCACACGGGGGAGAAGCCAUUUUCUUGUCCUGAAUGUGAAAAGUGUUUUACUGAAAAACAAACUCUUGUGGAACAUAUGAGAAUUCACACAGGAGAGAAACCACAUUUAUGUACAGAAUGCGGGAAAUGUUUUACUCAUAAAUCAAGUCUGAUGAGACAUUUUAAAACUCACACGGAGGAGAGACAAUCGCCAUGAGCAAUAUUUGGUUAAGGUACAGAAAUCGGGAAAUCAUGUGAAACGUCAGAGAACUUACUCAGGAGAGUUGCCGUCUUUAUGUUCAGAAUGUAGGAAAUGUGGAAAGUGUGGAGCUCCAUUGUGAAACCAGCAGCCUGAAGAGGUUUUAAAUUGUAUAAUGCUUAGCCUAAUACUGCUACGGACCAAAUUCAGCUGGGUUUGGACCAAAUGGGCUUUAUUCUUAAUUUCUCCUAUGUAAGAUCAAAUGAUGAGAACACUAAUGAAACAAGACUUUUGGGACUUUAAUAUCUUAAAAUGUUGCUGGAAUCAAAGUGAUAUAGAUGAAUGUAUAUCCUGUUAAAGAAUUGUCUGGUAAAAUUAUCGCCCGUCAUUACGCACGGAGCGAACUCGCUCUGCGCAGUAAUGAUAGCGUGUGGGAAUGCCAGGGCUCCCCAGCAGCGGGACGGCGGCGAUCUGACAUCUUAUCCCCUAUCCUUUGGAUAGGGGAUAAGAUGUCUAGGGGCGGAGUACCCCUUUAAAUGCGCACAUAAAAUACGCCACUAAAUUUGACACUGUUUGAAUCUAGUAACUCCUACAACUGGGCCACUGUUAAAGGGGAACUCCGCGCCUAGACAUCUUAUCCUCCAUCUGUGCUUGCUCAUAGCGGCAAUCCGUUGCUAUGAGCAGACACACUGUGAUGUGCGAGUAGCCGCCACCGUAGCCGCUCCCCCUGCUCCCUGAGCUAGGCCGAGAGCGGCCGAGAUGUGUGCGGGUAUAUUGCACAUGCACGCGGCGACUCACACAUCGCAGCGUGUCUGCUCGUAGCGGCGGAUUGCUGCUAUGAGCAGGUACAGAUAGAGGCAACACUGUAGGGUCCUAUGUCGGCGGAUCUGUCUGUGUGAACGUACCCUAAAUGUGUUUUAUUUUUAUUUUAUUAGAAUAAAGACACAUCAGAAUUAUAAAAGGUAUGUUUGGCAUUGGGACACUUACCCCUGCUAGGCUAUGGGGCGUGUUUGAUGUUGUACUUUAAUGCACAGAGAGGGUUGUUAUGCACAAAGUAAAACAUAAAAUCUGAAACAAAGGCACUCAACAUAUAUAU